AUGCUCGGCUGGAUUGUCAUAACUAGCUUUUGCGUAUCUGCACUCCACUGUCAUCGCGCAAUCCAGUGGCCCCCAUGGUCAAUAAAGUGGAUUUUGCAAGGAGAGGAGCAUGACGACGGAGAAAACAUUCAACGUAUCGUCUACAUUCAUUUUAAUUGUACUUGUGACUACUUGGUGCGUUGCAGACAGCCAUUGAUACAGUAUGGCUAUACAAAUGUCCAAGAAAUCAGCGUGAACUACCAGGAGCGUUUGUGCUACAAUAACGAACAUUCAAUGAUAUGCCGACGGGACCGGUCCCUUCUAACAGAUGACAACUGGGUGACGAAGGCCCUGGAUGUCGCCACAAAUCGAGAAAUGGUGAAAUGUUUGAAGUCGGUAUUUCAGAAUAUUACCAGAACAUCGGCAUCAAAUGAUCGACGUCCCAAACGAUCAGCAAAGAAAAAGGAGAAAAAUUCGAAAAAGAAAGAAAAGGAAGCAGAAAAAUUGAGGGUGGUACACUCAAAAGAUGUUUCCGACCCCUCUAAGGUAGAGAAAGCAUCCUCCGACGGAAAGGAAGCACAGAAAAAAGGAGAGUUUGGUGUUCCACCCAGCACUCUAUUCGCUGUUUUGGUGGUCUCUCUGGUUAUGGCCAAUAUGAUACUCGUAGUUCUACUAGUCAUAUGUAUGCUGUUAUACUUUAAAGUAAAGCAGGAGGAUUUACAAAAACGUCAGAGAAUUUAUAUGGAGGAUGAACGGCAAUAUUCUAAAAUGCAACCAGUAUCAUCACAAAGAAGAGGAAGAGAAAAAUCCGAAAUUCUUCGUACUUGUCGUGUUGCCGAAUCAAACGCUCAAAGUACAUUGAAUUUAACGCAAAGCCAAAUGAGUAAAAUCGACAAGGAAUUGCCGGAAAAUCAUAAAUCUACAUCCACGAACAGACCGAAAACGAUAACAAAUAAUGUGAAAUUGAAUGAAGAUGAUGUCAAUGAAAUCAAAGGAAAUACAGGAAUAGAGGAAAAACCGCCAGCAAUACCAAACGUUCCAAUUCCUGCCACUAGUCCUAAUCCGUCUAACUACCCAUUCAGUGUGACACCACGUGAACCGCCGCCUAAAACAUUUUCACGUGACAUCGCAGGUACUAUACCACAAGAAAUUACUAAACCACCACCACCACCACCACCACCAGCAGCACCUAUUUCCAAAACUCUCAAACAAGAAAGACAGUCAAAAAACCUACCAGAAGGACAACCAUCAAGAUCAACCCCAACUGGAUUUACACGAAAAAAUAAAAACUCCGUAUUCUUAAUGUGA